AUGUGUGUAAAACAUAUUAAAAUUCCGAUUUAAUCACUGUAAUGGGAAUUUAUAUCAGCACAUAAAAUUAUGGAUCUUUUUGUCGUAAACAGAUAUUUUGGAGAUGAUGAUAAAAAAAUCAAAGAUUCAGAUGAGAAGGCAAAGCUUGCAGCACUUCUUUCAAAAAUUGAAGAGAGGAGAAAGCAGAGGGAAGUAGCUCAAAAGUCUAAACUCGGAUCUGAAUCAUUUGAUUUAGGAUAUCAUGUCAAUGAAAAAGUUGAUGGUACAGCACCCUCAGUAAAAUCAGAUAAAGAUGAAGAGGGUGCUACAAACAGGAAGAGACAAUCAGAUACAGUUUCUCAACAUGGUAACGCAAAUUUUGAGAAUGAAGCUGUGGAGGCAUCGGCUGCUCAAAAGAAGAAGAAAAAGAAACAUAAAAGAAAAUGGAAGGAAAUUAAUGGUUCUGAAGGAGGUGAAGCCAAUGCAGGAGAGAAGAAAGAAAUGAAGACUCUUGAGAAAAUUGAGGGAUUUACUGUUAUUGGGACUGAGAAUUUCAAAAAGAAACAAAAGGUGAAGCGAGUGCUACCUUACUGGCUGGCAAACCCAUCGAUAGUGUCUGUGAACCUCCAGCAACUUACAACAACUGUCAAAGACAUUCCAGGCCUUGACAAGAACAUUAUACGGGCACUGAAACGCAACAAGAUCACCCAUUUCUUUCCAGUCCAGGCUCAAGUCAUCCCAUGGCUCCUGGCAGCUUACAAGCGUCCAACUCGAUACUGGCCACAUGACAUAUGUGUGUCUGCACCUACUGGCAGUGGCAAGACCCUUGCUUUCGUCAUCCCCAUUGUGCAGGCACUGUGUUAUCGGUUUGUGCAGCAAGUGAGGGCAUUGGUGGUUCUUCCAGUACAGGACCUAGCCGUGCAGGUGUAUCGAGUGUUUCUCACAUACACGCAGCAUACAGACCUGAAGGUGGCGCUUGUUACUGGCCAGACCUCCUUCCAUAAGGAACAGCAGCAGCUUGUUGCAUUGAGUCCUGUGACUGGUUACCACAGUCUGGUGGAUAUAGUAGUGACAACUCCAGGUCGACUGGUUGAUCACCUGCAGUCCACUUCGGGCUUCACACUCAAACAUCUGCGUUUUCUAGUGAUUGAUGAGGCUGAUCGAAUUAUAGAAAACAUCCAGAAUAAUUGGCUAUAUCAUUUGUACUCUCACAUCAGUGCAGGUAAUGCACCAACUUGCCACCCUCCUGCACUUACAAUUGCAACACUGGAGUCUACCUCUUCUCCCCCUCCUCAGAAACUCCUUUUUUCUGCAACACUCACGCAGGAUCCUGAAAAACUGCAACAACUAGGCCUCUUCCAGCCAAAACUAUUUACCUCAGUUGUUGGUGAUGACCAACUGGAAAAUGGAGAUAUAGGUAAAGAUGAGGCAGUGAGGGGUGAUUUCGUAGGAAAGUUCACAACACCUGCAGAGCUGAGUGAAUAUGUAUGUCUCGUGACACCAGAGAGCAAGCCCCUCGCCCUCUACCACAUCAUCGCGUCCAACAGCUGGCAACAUGUCUUGGUGUUUGUUGGCUCACGGAAAGAUGCACAUCGUUUAUCAUUGCUGCUGUCUUACCUUGGACAGAAGAGCUUCAAGGUUGCUGAGAUAUCGUCCAGUUUAUCGCGUCCUGCAAGGGAGAAAGUCCUGGCAAAGUUUGCAGCGGGAAAAAUUGAUGUGUUGGUAAGUUCUGAUGCAUUGGCACGAGGUAUGGAUAUUGAAGGAGUUGACUAUGUUAUACUGUACAGUGCACCAAAGUCCAUAAAGAAUUACAUUCACAGAGUGGGACGUACUGGAAGGGCAGGCAAACCAGGCACUUCUGUUACUUUUCUGCAGGAUAGUCAGGUAGCCAGCUUCAAUGAGAUGUUGCACUCGGCCAGUAAGGGCGAUUUGCAGAAAAUGGACAUACAGCAGUCAAAACUUGAGGAGCUGGAGGAUGCAUACACAUUGGCACUGGAGCACCUCAAAGGCCAUCUGGAGAGAGAAGAAAAGCAGCAGCUGAAGGCUAAGAAACGAAGGAAGAAACAGGAUCCUUUGAUACAGAAAUAUCGUGAGCGAAAGCGUCGUUUCAAAGUUAGAAAAUUAAAGAAGUUGGAUAAAGCCACAACUAUUGGUUGAUAAGAGGGAAACAAACUACUUUUUACCGUGCUGUGAAAACGUUGGCUCCAUAUUGCGCUUCUCCACCGUCUGGUUGCCUGCAUGCUUGCUCACGCUUACCGACUUCCAGUGUAUAUACUAGCCGAGAGUGAUUAUUUAUCAUUCUAUCAACAGUGAUAGGGAGGGCGUCAUCAUAUGCAACAUGUAAAUAUCACUUUAAUUUUAGGUUAGGUUAUAUUAGGUUUAAAGUUAUGUUAUUCAUCUCAUGAUGUUCUGAUGCACCAGAUGUAGAUAACAUGUAGGUGACUUGUUGAAGAGGGAUCCAGAGGGGACGAGAGUAUGAGUAAUUAACCUUGUUUCGGUAUUUUUCAUCAUAUUUCAAUAAGUCAAUAAAGUAGUUUUUAGUAAAAUAGUUAAAAAUGGAUUGUGUGCCAACGUGAUCUGCAGUCAUACUUUUCGUAAGUCUUUAUGCAUGGGGAAAUACUAUAUGAUAUUUGUGUCCCAUAAAACUUUUGUCAUAAGUGUAUCUCACUAUAUUGUAAUUAAGGAAACUCACAGCAAUAGAUAUUUUUUUAUUUAUGUUGUAAAUUAUAAAUUAAAUGCUGUAUAUUUAUGGUGAAUGCCGCAAGUGCUGGUCUUACCAAUCUUCCUAAGUUUUAUCUAUUGGUAUGAUAGAUGUAGCCAUGAUUCAUUUUACUCUACGCCCAUUAAGAGACUGAUGGGACAGAUUGCUGCAUGCAGAGGAGAAUGUCAUGUCAACAUGUGCUUUGAAGCAGGGUAUGAUCCUGGUAUUUUCCAUUACUCCCAAAGUCUAAGCUUUGGCAGCGAUCAGGGCACUGACCAGUGAUGGAUCCAUCACUCUUAACAAGAGUACUACAGUGUCUCAUCUUGAGAACACCGAGGCCUCACACAAUUGCUUGUGAGAAACUGUAUUGAGUGAUGUUCUCAUGGCAGUGAAUAUUAAGAGUACUGUGUUCUUGGAUAUGUUGUCUUGUAUGUGUAGUUUGGUAGGUACCUUCUACCAAACUACAUGACAUGACAUCCCUACAGACUGUAAUGUGAAUAAAGUAAACUUCCCAUUAUCCAGUGGAUACGGGGAAUGGAUUUUGCUGGUUACAUAAUAUGCCAGUUGCGUGAGAAAACAAACAAACAUGUUUCUGUCAUGGCUGUCUUCCUAGGUGAUGUAGUGGGUUGAUGGGUGAAAGAUUUUGUAUACAUAUACUGUAAAGUGAUCAUGGAUUUAUGUUGGCUCCACUCGAAUGGCACAUGAAGGAACAAAUUCAUGGGGCUACACUGUAAUAAUUUUCAUGUAAUAUGUGUUGGUCUUUUUCCUGGGACUUUUCUUCUGAUUUGGCAUGUGCACUUAGUUCUGAGCUGGAGUUUCCAUGUAGUUCUGAAAGCCAUUUCUACCCCUGGUUAUGAUAUUUUCUUGCCCAAAACAGUACCUUUUAACUCCUGUUACAUCUGUUUUCUUGUUAUACAUUU